GGGCACGAUUUUAUUCAGGAAAAUUUAUCAAUACCAGAGGGCUAGGGGAGCGGAGCGAGUUUGGUGGCGGCAGCAGCAGCAGCAGCAGCAGCAGUACCACCAGUAGCGGUGGCACCAUCCUCAGUGUAACAAGCAUCCUCCGCCUUUUCUCUCCCCCGAAGAGACUGUCUGUCCGUCCGUCCGUUCGCUCGGUUAUAAACCUCAAUAGAGAAAACCAAGUAAGAGGAGAGAAAAAAAUCAAUUUUUUCUCACGCGUAACACACCGCGGAUUUCCGGCUAACUAGAUAUCAUGGCAAGCGAAGGCGGUCUUGGGCCGGAUGCGGCGGCGGGUGCCGGAGGCGAUGGAAUCGUCGGGGGCCCCAGAACUCCCCAACAAAUUGCCUCGUCCAAGAGGCUGCAGCAGACGCAGGCACAGGUUGACGAGGUUGUCGAUAUAAUGAAGACGAACGUCGAGAAGGUCUUGGAGCGUGAUCAAAAAUUAUCGGAACUCGACGAUCGGGCUGACGCUUUACAGCAAGGCGCAUCACAGUUUGAACAACAGGCAGGAAAGUUGAAGAGGAAGUUCUGGCUACAAAAUUUAAAGAUGAUGAUUAUAAUCGGAGUCAUUGGUCUCAUCAUACUUGCCAUCAUCGUUGCAAAAUUCAUGCCGGACAGUGCGCCACCCGUUCAACAACAACCCUAUCCUUACUUGCCGCCGCAACAAGGAAUUCCACCAUCUGGUCCAGCGGGAGCUCCCGCACCUGGUGGACCUGCGGCAGCUCCUUCGGGACCUCAGACCGCAAAUGCAGCGCUAGUCGGGACACUGAGCGGUGCUCACAAUAUCAUGUAAGAUUAAGUCGAACCACGUACGCGUUGUAUUCAACACGAUAUCUUAUAUUAAAACACGUCGCAAUUAUAAUUACAACUCUGGGGAUCCUUAUACUUUAUUAGAAAAUUGUUAUGAUUUUCAUCGAAUGAAGGGAAUGAAAAUUUGGCCCAUUGAUUUGAUUUCGAGACAAAGUCGUGUUCGUUGUAUGCAUUAUUCGCAAAUCGCAAAUUUUCUGUGGCCAGCUUGAUCGGUGAGUGUAUAAUAAAUAUUAGAAGUGACUUACUAUCUUAUUGGAAGAUUCAUUCCUGACGUUUAAGUUUAACCAAAGUUUUUUAUUUUACGCGAUCGCUAUUCUAUGUUCGUAUUAUGAGUACGUAAUUUUCCAUCGUCUUCUCUAUCGUUAUUUUCUUCGAUUUAUCACUGAUUUAAUUCAAUAAAGCAGAAUAACUCACGCACGUGCAUCCAUUUAGAUGCGAUUGUAGAAAUAAUGAUUAUUGCCAUUCUUUUACUAAUAUCGUUAUCGAUAAUUGAGAUAUGUGAGAAUGGAUAAGGAUGAAGGACUUUAAUUUCCUUCGAAAAUUGGCUUGAAACUAAUUUUGAGAUAUACGCGAGACGUUGUUGAAAAACGCGGUAUUACAAAAUGUCAAUAAAACAAUAUAAUGAAAUUAAUUAGCAACACUGUAUUACAUGCAUAUUAUAUUAUACAUACAUACAUACAUCUGUGUAUACUGUCGCUGAAUAUAAUCAGUAAUCUUGUAAAGAUUUAGUAAUGAAGAAUAAUGAGAG